GGGCUGCCACGGCAACCGCGUCCAGGCAACGCGCCCGGAAGAGGCUCUGGGAGGCGCGCGGCGGCUCGCGCCCUUCCAGGGUGGGGGAGCCGCGAACCCCGGGCCGGGCCGCGCGCGCGCUGAUUGGAGCGCGGGCCCGCAGCCGGGUUCGCCCCGCAAAGCCCCGCGCUCGCGGCCACCGCACCCAGAGCGCCGGCGACGACAUGGGCAGCCUCGGCGCGCCAGAUCCGCGCGCGGAUGUGAAUUAUUAAGAAGAAAAUGGCCCAACAGGACACCGUACUUCCUUCUCUUGUCAACCAGGAAGGGUAUACUAUCUGGAAAAUAUGCAUCUAAGGGCAAGAAGAGCAUUCUUGUGUCCCUCUCAUGGCUCCUGUAGACCACCACUUCAUGACCCAAAAGGGAGAGAUUUCACGGUGGCCCUGCAAUAGACUUGAACUUCCUGCCAACAGUGAAAUCACUGUGGAGCUUGAGAUGAGUGUUCCCAUUAGCUCUUUGAAUUCAGAAGUUGCAUAUUGGAUGCCUAUGGGGAAAUACCGCUCACAGAAAUACAUCACACAACCUGCAUAUCACAGGUUCUUUCCAAAGGAGCCAUCAUUUAAAGAGUGAGGUGACCUCACAGCCACAUCUGAUUUUCCUGGCUCAUUUUGAAGUAUCAGUUUUUGAUAGCAAACAACAAAAAACUCAAGAAACACCAAAACCAGACCUCAUUUCCAGAUGGUCUUUUUAUGUGUAGUACAAAAUCAUGGUAUCCCAGGCAGGGGACAUAUUAGCUCCCCAGAGUGCCUAGCCCUCCUGAUUAUAUCCUGUGUGGUGCUUGGCCAUCGUUUCUGAUACUGCAUGGCCCCUGUAGGCCUUGGGGCUCAUAAUCAGCGCUUUAGGAGAAGGGAGAAGGAAGCAGUAGGCCUCUGGGAUCAGCUUGAUCUGGCUAUCAAUCACAGUUAAUAUGGGGGAGCCAUAGUAUGUCCAUUCUGCCAGCCUCCUGCUUCUUGGAGAUCACAGAGCCUUCCAGCAGCCCACUUAACUCCAUGGGCAGAAUCACCUUAAAAUCCUGUCUAGCUCUCAAAGUAAACUCUUUUGGGUAGAAACUUUUCCUCAAAUCCUGUUUAGUUUGUGCCGACAGACAUUUUGUACUUCUUUCUUUGGCGAGUCUUAAAUCUGGCUUGGAAGAUUAUCUUUUCCCCAGCAUCUUCCAACCAUGUGACUCCCUUCUGCAGGCGAGUGAAGACCAUGCCCCGACACAGCCAGUCCCUGACCAUGGCGCCGUACUCUUCUGUGAGUCUGGUGGAGCAGCUGGAAGACAGGAUCCUCUGUCAUGAGAAAACCACAGCAGCACUGGUGGAGCAUGCCUUCCGCAUCAAAGAUGACAUCGUCAGCAGUUUGCAGAAGAUGCAGAAUAAAGGGGGAGGUGACCGCUUAGCCAGGCUGUUCUUGGAAGAGCAUAUCAGAAACAUAACCGCCAUUGUGAAGCAACUGAAUCGGGAUAUUGAGGUUCUCCAGGAGCAGAUCCGUGCCAGGGACAACAUCAGCUAUGGAACUAAUUCUGCCUUAAAGACGCUGGAGAUGCGCCAGCUCUCUGGCUUGGGAGAUCUCCGAGGAAGAGUUGCAAGGUGCGACGCCAGCAUAGCCAGGCUCUCUGCCGAGCAUAAGUCGACCUACGAGGGACUCCAGCACUUGAACAAGGAACAGCAAGCAGCCAAGCUUAUCCUGGAAACAAAAAUCAAAGACGCAGAAGGACAGAUUUCUCAGCUUUUGAGCAGAGUGGACUUGUCCAUCUCAGAGCAGAGCACCAAACUGAAGAUGUCCCACAGGGACAGCAACCACCAGCUCCAGCUCCUGGACACUAAAUUUAAAGGCACCGUUGAAGAGCUCAGCAACCAGAUUUUGUCUGCACGGAGUUGGCUGCAACAAGAACAGGAGCGGAUAGAGAAAGAACUUCUGCAGAAAAUAGACCAUCUCUCCUUGAUUGUUAAGGAAAACAGUGGAGCCAAUGAAAGAGACGUAGAGAAGAAACUCAGCCAGAUGUCGGCCAGGCUUGACAAAAUCGAAGAGAGUCAGAAGAGGAAUGCUGAAGGACAGAGAAAGCCGGACGAGGAGAAGGUGCACGGGCGGAUCAGCAAGCUGGAGCUACAGAUGACGGAGGACAUGAAGGAGAUGAAAGCGGAGGUUAAUGCCGGGUUCUCAGCCAUCUAUGAGAGCAUAGGGUCCCUCAGACAAGUGCUGGAGGCCAAGAUGAAGCUGGACAGGGACCAACUUCAGAAGCAGAUCCAGCAGAUGCAGAAGCCAGAGACCGCCAUGUGAAGACGGCUGGGACAAGGACCUGACAGGAGACUGCACGUGGGGCUAAGAGCCAGAUGGCUCUGCAGCCACAUCGUGGCUAUGUUCCGGAUCCCAUCCAGGGUGUGCAUGUGCCAAGAAAUGCGCUCUCAUGGGUCUAAGCGUUUACCUUCAGUCUUGAAAACACCCUUUACUUAAAAUCGUAAAUACAAUUUUUACAACGUUAUUUCCCUAAGUGCAGUUGAGCCCGAUUCCCUCAGAUUUUGAAAGGCUUUUAUGAAUGAAAAGAAUUUAUUUUCAAUGCUUGAUGCUCUAGCCAAGACUACUAUUUUGGAAAAAAAAAAAAAACCCACCAUGGUGAUUUUUCUUUUGAUUAAAAAGUGAAUGAGUUGCUACAGGUAUGUAUUGCCCCUCACCCUACAUUAAGAGAAGUCCUGGUAGAGUUCAGCUUUAAGUCCACAUCUGGAUUGUAUUUUUGUUGUCUAUAUGGUUUUUUUUUUUUAAAUGUUGGGUUUUUUUUUUUUUUUUUUUUUUGUAAAUCACCUGUCUUUUGUAGAGAAGAAGUUUAACACUGGGAGAGAAAAAAAAAAGCCCUGCAAUUUAUAUAAUGAAAAUAGUUUUUUAAAAUUGAUAAUUGCCAUACAGAUUAUAAAUUAAGUAGAAACUUACAACGUUUAUCUAGAUCCCACAAGGCACGAUAUUUAUAUCCACCUAGGGGUACCGGCUUUUACUAUUUAAAGCUAUUUUUGAAACCACUCACAACCUGUGUAGUGAUAGCCAUAUAUUUAAUAAUGGGAUGGUGGCUAAGCAACCUGUUUAUCGAACAGCUAAUUGUUCAUCAGUUGUAAUGAAUGUUAGAAUUUUUCAGACUUUACGAUUUACCUAAAUGUUCCCUAAACAGGCACUACGUGCUAGGGUUUAUAGACAUUUGUUGUAACUGUCUAUCUUGUGCCUUGGUUUUUUUUCUUACGUCGCUGUACUGUCCUCUGUAAAAAAAAAAAAGAAAUUACCCACAAAAUAGACAGUGUGGUAAACACAUCAGGGUUGUGGUGUAAGACUGAGAUCCUAUGUAAUUUUAAGCAUCCUAAUGAUUUCAUCGCUGUCAUGGUGGGCCGCACUCAGCAUCCUUCAUGGAAUAGCUGCACACACCUUUGUAUGGACAGAGAGGCAAAGCGAGACUACAUUUGUAAUACUGCGAGGAGACGGGUGUCCCGGCACCUUUGCAGGCGUUUUAUUUUCAGUUGCCAUGUUUGAGUCAUUGAAGACUUGAGCCUGUGCCAUUUGCACUUCUGUGUUAAAGUGAGGGCACAGAGAGAGAGAGGGAGAGAGAGAGAGAGAGAGAGAGAGAGAGAGAGAGAGAGAACAGGAGCAUUUAAAAGUUCCAAGAACAACACCCCAUCCUUUCCUUUCCUCUCUCAUGUGCAAGGACUCAGGAAAAUCAAAAGCAUUUUCUAUUUCUAGAAUAAACCACACUGAGAUUCUACCUG